AUGGAAGAUUUUGCUUAUGUAGACAAAAAUGUUUAUAUAAAUCUUCUCGUGACCAUUAUAAAGAAAUGCAAAGAAUACCUUCUUGGAAUAGGAAUUGUGAAGCUGCUCUUUUGCUUGUGCAUAGUGCUCAUUAGUAUCAUCUUUGCUCGUCGUAAAAACAAAAAGAAGAAAAAGGUCAACAUAUAUAUACAGCUAAAUAAUGUGCGCCACGGAAACGGUAAGAAGGCAGCCGAACUAGCGGAAGACCAAAAAUGCUGCGCGGCCAAUGAAGAGGCACAAAUAGUAGAACCCACCUUUUCGCAAGCGCGUGAAGCGGCGGAUGUAGAACAAAUGAAUAACGAAUUUUAUCACAUAACGUACAGCCCACAUAUAUUUGACCUAAAAAGUAUCAACCGAACCGAAUUGUGCAACGUAUGCAAUGAAAGCAUCUACUCUUUUAUUUUUUACAAAAAAGACAUUUUCGAAUGCGUGGUCUGUAGAAAUAAGUGCCACAUAGAAUGUGCCCCCAACUCCAGCUUGAUGAGCUGCAAAACGACUGUGUUCUUCAAAAAUAAACACAAGUUUAUAAAAAUUAGGAACUGUAUGUGGAAUAAUAAAUGCAACAUCUGCAGUAAAAAAUUUUCCUACUUCUCCCUUCCCCCCUUUGUGAAACAGUACAUAUAUAAAUGCAUUUGGUGCAACAAAUAUUUUCAUGUCCAUUGCAUAGCGAAAGUUGCCAAAAAAAAAAACCAAACACAGGAUAAGAAAAAACAAGUGAAGGAUGCAAUUUGUACCUAUGGAAAUAACAAGUAUUUGCUUCUCCCGUACGAAGUUUCCAUUAAAGAAAACGACCUUCUAGACUUCUUGACGAAUGCCUACCACCGUGUGAACGAGGCAGGAUUGGACAAUGAUGACGUGAUACUCAGCUACACUGCCAAUGCAUUGCAUGAUAAUACCCCACGCGAUGAUGGAACAGGUGAGUUUAACUCACACGAAAGAAAAACAAAAGAGAAGAAACUGGAAAAAAUGAAAGGAGGAGGAAACUCAUCCGUUGGAGGCAACGAAACACCAGAUGAACGACUCUGCCUGGAUUAUAUAAACCAGUUCCCCAUAUUUCACAAAAUGAGAAAAUUUAAAUCCUUCCCCAAUUGUUCAAAAGAAAAAAAUAGGAUAAUCCAAGUGCAUGAAAACUUUCUUCUGAAUUUCUUCCCCAUCCAUUUACCAAUCUAUGAAAUAAAAAGUAGUAGAAAAAUUAUCCUCAUUUUUAUAAAUGUAAAAAGUGGAGGUCAAGUUGGAAAAAAACUCUACCAAGAGUUGCUCAUGUAUUUUAACCCCCUACAAAUCAUAAGUAUAAAAAGUGAAAAAAAUGUUUUAAAUGCCCUGAAUAUGUAUAAGGAAAUGAUUUGCCUGAACAGAGUAAUCAUCCUUCUCUGUGGAGGGGAUGGAACGAUAAGCAUCUUCAUCAACACGUUAUUAAAAUUUUUUGCAAAUGAAGUUGCCAUCGGUGCUCUGCAGGCAAAGAACAAAGGGAAAUACAACAAACUGUACGGCAGUGAUAAAAAAAAUGAACAAUUUGUCUCUACCAAGAAUACAUUCCUAAAUAAAACCAUCAUGAACAUUACGGCAAAGUUGAAGCACAAUAAAGACGCGCUUAGGAAGAAGUGGGCAAAUAACAUCACCGUGCAGGCGAAGAAGCCGACCACCUUUUUUUUAAAAAAAAGGACUGAGAAGAAUACUGAUGGGGAAGAUGCAGACAAUUGCGGUGACGAUGACGAUUCGGGGCACCUAAGUGAGAAAAACGCGGAAACGUACUUUGGGAAUGACUCCUGCACGGCGCACGUGUGGGGCCAAAAUCAAAGUGAUGAAUUGGCGCCGAAACUGACGUCGAAGGUGAAGGGUGCGUUUGCAGGCGGUAGACGCAUCGACGAUCCCGCAACACUGAAUGGCGAAUUGAAGGCCGACUUACUUUCCCAGUUAAGUAGUGAGUUAAGUGGUGACUUAAAUGACGAUCUGCUCCGACACCUGAGUAACGAUCUGAACAGCGAGAUCAACGACUGGAGCUCAGGGCGCAGCAGCCCCAAGGACCUGGACAGGAGGGGAAGCGAAGUCAAGUGCGGAAAUGGGAAGUACCUCUACAUCCUGGAAAAACUGAGGAACUUCAAAAAAAAGGGCGCCGAGAAGGAUGACGAGGGAGAAAACGGAGGCGAACUCGGAGACGCUGAACUCCUCCAAGGCGAAUCCUGCGAAGGCGAAGCCUACAAGGGAAGCACAGUGAAGAGCUUCCAAAAUGGGAACUCCAUGCUGGACAAAUACUACAAUGGCAACACACUCAUAUAUAGUAAUUACACAGAGAAUAAUGAGGACCCCCAUUUUGGAGCUCGAAGGGGGAAGGAGAAUGAAAAAAUGUACGACAAUAUUCUUUACCAUGAUUACAAAGAAAAAUCCACCAUUUAUUUGCCAAUGAAAACCAAAUUAAAUGAAAAUUCGCCGUCGUAUUGUCAGGAAGCCAAUGGGGCGAACCCAAGUGAUGAACCAGACGGAACUUUGGGGCCAAACCCAAACAAAGCAGACAAUAAGCAGCACUCAGGUAAUGGCACCAGUUCGAACUACAGUAAUGGGAAUUCACUUAACAGCGGCAGCGCUGACUGUGAUGGCGGCACCCCAGUUUAUCUUUGCAAUCGGGGCGAUGUGACACCCCGAGAGGGUCAUUAUCAGGGUUGUUACCAGGAUGGUUACCCCGCGAAUUACCAAAGGGAUGUAAACGGGAAGACAACAACCCUGACUAAUGGACUCUCCAAGUUGGAAGCAGUAGAUCCAUAUCGAAGUGAUGAAGAUAUCGUCGUCCAAAUAGAUAAUGGUUACAAAGUUGUGCACUCAAAGGAGAAGAAAAAAACUCGUCAAGGUGAUGACCACCCCUCUUGUGAACAAAAAGAAAUUAUAAAUAACGUAAUGAACGGGGAAGAUAAAGCAGCCAGAUCACACAAAACUUCUGUAGAAUCUUACAUAGCAUGUGCACCUAUAAGUGUACUCCCCCUAGGCACAGGAAACGAUUUAAGUCACAGUCUAGGAUGGGGGGGUGGGUACAAUAACGACCCAUUGGUGUAUUUAAACAAAAUGAAGACAGCAAAAAAUGAAUACAUCGAUGUAUGGAAUAUGAAAGCAUAUGACCUAAACAACAAUCUCAUUCUAAACAAUACCUUUAUGAACUACUUCGACUUUGGAAUAAUCGCGAGAUUAGCUCUCCAUUUUGAUAACAUCAGGAAGAAGUUCCCCCAUUUUUUUAAUAGCCGAAUUGGAAAUAAAAUACUCUAUGGAGAAGUAGGCUUUAGGGAUUUCUGCUUCAAUACAUACAAAUAUAAAUUAAACAAAAAUAUAAAACUGUACUGUGAUGGGAAGAAAGUCAAAAUUGAUGAGGACAUAGAGAGUGUUUGUUUGCUUAACAUCCCCUACUUUCUUGGGGGAAUUAAAGUAUGGAAUGAUGAUGAUGAUGACAAGGAUAAACAGUACCAUUCGGACAUUGAUAGGAAAAAACAGGAUCAUGUCAGAAGGAGGCCAAGUAAAAAGGAGAUGAAGCAACUACUGCAUGGUAACAAAUCAGCCAACAGCUCCAGCAAUAGCAGCUUUAUUGGCUCCUCGAUGAAUGAUAAUUUGCACAAUGAAAAAAAGGGAGGAGUUCUUUCCAACAGUUUCGGGGGGGAAACGGGGCACCCUUUUGAUGACCAUAAACAGAUGGGCAUGGCGGAAUUUCUAAAAAGUGCUGCUUUGAAACAUUCGGCUGGGGAGGAUACCAACCUGUCGGAGUUUUUCCAAAAUGAAAAAACAAAUGGGAUUACACCUUCACACAAUGAAGGAGUGAAUCAUUCAGAACGGGAGGAGAAUCCUUCCCCCCCCACGAAUGACCAGCCAUUCGACUAUAGCAACAUAUACAGAUCGUACAGACUGGACUUUUAUCGACAAAAGAGACGGAAGCAGAAGUACCGAAAGCAGAAGAUGGACGAUAAGCUCAUUGAAGUCAUCGGGUUUCGCAAUAUGUUCCAUAUUUUCCAGGUCCAGAUCGGAAUGUCCAAUCCGAUUAAACUCUGCCAGGGGAGUGACAUCAAGGUGAAGAUUGACAAAACGUUUAUUCAGAACAAGAACAAGAUUUAUUUCCAGUACGAUGGGGAACCCGGAUUUCUCAACAUCCAUAAGUUGCAUUUCACCCACAAGUAA